AUGCAGACGACUUCGAGCGGAUCGCCAGGCGGUCCUUCCGUGCCGAUGGACGCGACCAUCCCGCACACGGCUCCGGAUGGCCCUCGAAGCAAGGAGAUGACUUUAAGCGGAUCGCCAGGGGAUACUUCCGUGCCGAUGGACGCGACCACCUCGCACAUGGCUCCGGAUGACUCUCGAAGAAAGGAGAUGCCUCUGAGUGGGUCGUCCAGCAGCGGACUUCGGCCGGUUGUACUUCCAGGCGCAGAUCACGACCGCGAUUCAAGACAGCUUUUAGACCCCAUGAAGGGAUUACAGGCCAGGGCAAAGGCUGCAUUGUCUUUGUUCAAUAGUGUAUUGUCGGAUCCUCUGCCGGCUCAUGGCCCGGAAAAUGCCACAAGCAACUAUGAUCCAUCGGCAAUUAUAAACACAUUUCAGUCGACUAUCGCUACGGCUAUGGCAACCGCCGAUGCUUUGCAACCACUAUCGAACCCGGAGUUUGCGAUACCAAGCCGCCCUCCCCCUAGUGGCAAGAGACUCGUCUUUGAUGGCGUUGAACUCGCACCGCUUGCGUCGAUUCGCGGCGCUCGUGAUUCUCCCGGAAAUCCUUUCCGUACCAUCAAUACCGUAACUGCAUUCGACGACCGCGGAUCUGUCCCGACCUCGCCGCCUGGCUUGCCGCCCUCUUCCCCUCCAAGGUCUUCACCAUCUCCCCGAUCGCGAGUGACCAUCGAAGAUGUUGACGAUGAAGACGAUCUCCCACUUCCCUCUCCGGAUCAAAUGUCCACUCGAUCGCGAGUCGUCAUGGAAGAUCUCGAUGAUUUCAUAGAUGGAGAACCCAUGCCUGAUCUUAUAGAGUGCCCCGAAGAUGAGUCUGCCGCCGAGUCAGAGGAUGAAGAUGACGGGCACUAUCCGAAGGCUCCCACUUCGAGAACUGCUCAUUUCGGCAAUCACUGGGAGGUCGACGGAGGCGGUCGCGUGGUGGAUUACGAUGAGUUGACGGAGGACUACAAAAGGCCGACAGGGACUCGCGGUCGUGUUCGCAAGGCCGCAGAUACAGACGAAGAACACGGUCAUGAUGCUGACUCCCGGGGGGCUACCCCUUUGGAAUUGCCUCGUCGGCAUCGCGAGGAGCUAGACCAAGACAGCGGUAUGGAGGUUUACGAGGAACCGAUGCACGAUGACGACGUCGAUGAAGACGACGAUAGCAAUAACGAGGAUGACGACAACAAUGACGAACUGAUGCAGACUCGCAGUGACCGUAGACGGAGGGAGUCUGCCAAGAACGUAGGGCAUAGCGCAGAGGAUGGAAGCGAGGCAAGCGGCUCGGACUGGGGGGAUGAUAGGAGUGGAGCCGAGGGAUCCGAUGAGGAGGCCGAGGAUGCGGAUGAGGAUGAGCCGGCGAAGAAGAAAGGUCGCAGAGCACGCGAGGCGAAGAAGUCGAAGAACGUCGGUGACCAAGACGAGGUAUCUGAGGGCGACGAGGAGCAGGCGAAGAAGAAAAGUCGCAAAGCACACGAGGCGAAGAAGUCGAAGAACGUCGGUGACCAAGACGAGGGAUCUGACGGCAACGAGGAGGGCGACGAGGAGCCGGCGAAGAAGAAAGGUCGCACAGCACGCGAGGCGAAGAAGUCAAAGAACGUCGGUGAUGAAGACGAUGUCCGUGGAACGAGCAAGAAAAAGAAAUCGUCACAGACCGGUUCGAUACGGCGAGAGCAUCAGGAGAUGAUCGACGAGUUUAAGGACAAAACUGACCAAUUCGUAUCAAAAAUGGCAAAGCUCACGAAAAAGUCCCCGGCCUUGAUCGCGCAAAUGCUACGGCCGAAUGUUCCUCAGCAGCACCGUGCAAGAAACAUCUGGGACAUCUUUUCGUCCUGGUAUGCUAAGGAACAGCCUAAGAGGAACGAUGAAUCUAGGGCGCAAUUCAUGGAGCGGCUGCGGAAGGAGUAUCAGCGACAGAUCCAACAUAUCGAGGACAAGGAGAAGAGAGAAGAAGCGAUCCAGAAGUACCUCGACUGGCGGGGCGAUCUCGAAGCGGACUAUCUUGACCGCUUAUCUCAGACAGGCGGCCUCAAGCAGGAGUUCAACCGCGGAGUUGCCGAAGUCAACAACAUCGCGCGACACUUGUAUCAUAGCCUAGGUCUGCACGUCUUCGGUUAUGUCAUCGAUGCCCAUGGUCCGUGUGGUUUCACCAUGUUCGGUGGUUCUCCGGAGUGGGAAGAAAUCAAGAAGCUUUAUGUGAAAGAUCAUUUCGGCACCAUGGCCAAUUACCAGGCCGUCAUUCGAGUAAUUGAGCUACGAAAGGCUGGCCUCGCGGUUCCAGAACUGCCUCUACCAACGCGAAACGGCUACCAGAUCCCCGUUCAAAAUGAAGGCGAAUCUCCUCGGGACUACGAGCAUCGCACCUUCAAAUAUCUUAUGAAGCAAAAAUGCGUUGAGAAUGGCGUAGUUAUCGAGACUUAUCGCUUCCCCUGGGCCAAGAUCCUAGAAUUCCUGGCAGCCAACAGCUUGCGCAUCGUGAACAUGCACCCGCAUUUCGUGUUGAAGAAGAAGCCGAAGGGUGGAUAUGGCUUCAAUUUCCGCGGGGAGAACGUAGAUGUGACGAUCAGGCAAAUUGUCGAACCUUUCCUCUCCGAGAACGCACUCGGUUCCAAGUUCAGCCUUGAGCCGUGGUCCGAUGAGGAAUACGCCAAGGCCUGGAACCGCAAGGCUGACCUGCCGCUCAUAUUAGGCUGGCCCCUCACGGAUGAAGAACCGACCAUCGUCUUCAACGAGCGCAAGCAAUGCGUCAUGUACCGACUCGAUCAAACGCUCUACUACAAAAAACAACUUGCUUUGGAACUCAGGGCGGACAAAGCCAUCAGUAAGGCCAUCAAGGCGAGCAUGGCUAACAAGAAGGCUACGGAGCUCGACGCGCAAGGUCUAUACAAGAUGGACGACGAUGGAAGCGACAUCGACGACGGCGAUAUGGCCAACGACGGCGAUGUGGCUAACGACGGCUAUGUUUAUGACGCAGACGAAGCGGCCGAAUACGCUGCCGUUCACGACGAGUGGGCGGCUGCAUAUGCCACUGGCCCUUUUGCCGGCGAGGAGGCUGAGCUUCCCAAUAUUGCUCAAGAAGACGGAGAGGACUUCGCCUCGGCGCGUGAUGACGACGCGGCCAGCUGGGGAAACGGUGUAGACGCCUACGAAUCAGCGGGGGUUGAAUACUCGGUUGACGAGGUUGGGGGCGAUAUUGCGGACACUCAACACUAUUGGGAUGGAGAAGAAUUUCAAUACGAGGGCGAACAUGAAUACGAUGAAGAGGCACCGCUGGCAACUUCAGGCCACGUCUAUGAAGUUCCCCCAGAUGCCAGAGCGCUGUCAAACCUCACGACGCGUGGUGUAAUUAAUGGCGGACACAAUGACGACGAACUCAUGAAUAGUGCAUACCGGGUGGCUGAAGGGGGUCAUCCGCUCGAGAGGGUGUCUCGUCAGCCUCAUGGUGAUCAACAUUACAACCCUGAAGGGCGCCGUCGUCGCAUCACCUUGACGCAGUCUGACGAAGAACCGCAACCUCGUUUCAAACGCAGGAAAGUCACCGGAACCAUGGAGUCAUCCAUCCAGCCAAUGGCUCCACGCAAUAUUGAGCAACGACCGGUUCGCGGCCGACAAACUAACGAAGAAUAUGGAGCUUCGAGACCGAACCUCGCGGUCGUUCAUACGGAUUAUGCUCGGACCUCCCCCGACAGCUCUGACCUCUGGUGGUGCCGCAUCAGAGCGUCCGUUGUCAAGAUUCAGCAAUUCGUCUAUCACUCCCUCAAACGUUGCACCGACCGCUGCGCACCUACCGUCAAGUCACACGUCUGCGUGGCCCAGCGCACCGUCCGACUCAGCGCCAACUGCCUCGCGCCCACUGUCGCGCAACAUGUCCAUACGGCCAGGCGCACCGUCUCACUCAAUGCCGACCGUGUCACGUCCACCGCUGGGCAACGCGUCCGUACGGCCCGGCGUACCGUCCAAUUCGAUGUCGACUGCCUCGCGCACGUCGUCGGGCAACGCGCCCGCACGGCCCAGCGCACCGUCCGAACCGGCACCAACCACCUUGCACCCACCGUCGCGCAACGUGUCCGUACGGCCAGGCGCACCGUCCCACUCGGCGACCACCGCCUCGCGCCCACCGUCGCGCAACGCGUCCGUACGGCCAGGCGCACCAUCCCACUCGGCGCCCACCGCCGCGCGCCCAGCGUCGCGCAAUGCGCCGGCAUGGACCAGUGCGCCGUCCGAUUCAAUGCCAACCACCUUGCGCCGCCCACUGCUGGGCAACGCGUCCACACGGCCCGGUGCACCGUCCAGUUCGAUGCCGACCGCCUCGCGCACGUCGUCCGGGAGGCGGCCUUCCCACGCGACGCUGGCAGCUCCGAACGCAUCAUCAAGCGAUCCGGCCCGUCCGAAGCCGAAACCACGACCGGUCAACUUAAAGCGUAA